AACAGGGUGGUUUUUGUCCCAGAGAACGGAGAUUUUAUAAUAAAGUAUUUUUGGGGUUUUUUUUUGGGUGUCUCACAUGCCAACAUACAGAGUGCACGGAAUAAACAGGUGACGGGGCUGAUUGUAUGCUUUUUGGGGGAGGAAGGAGUCGGUUACAGGAAUUGCAGUGCACACUUUGGACUGAAACCAUGCCAGUUGUUGCCCCAAACCCAUUUGAUGAGGAUACUCCUAUGGAUCGUCCCUCCCCAGAGGGUGGAAACCCAUUCAUUGAAGAAGAAGUGGAAGGGAAAAGAGAACACAUGGGAUCAGACGCCAAGCGCCGGGGAACACUAGAGAAGAUUGCAGGCCUGUCUCCCUUCUGGAAGAGCGGAAAGGGUCUGCUUGGGGUACGAGGAACCCCAGAAAAAAGACGAGGUCGGAGAAAGUCAGAGGAUGUCAGCCUGCUGUCAGCUGGCCGCAAGAAAGACACAGGGUGUGGAGAGGAGGAUGGAGGAGGUCCUGGUGUUGGCACCAAGCGCCUCUCCUUCUUGUGGUUAGGAGGCGGAGGAGGCAGCGGAGGAAACCGUUCACGCAGGGAGUCCAUGGUAGAAGUCGUGCCGGAAAGGAAUGAAGUAGCAAAUGAGAAUGAAAAGGUCCGGGAGCCACUUUCAGUCCUGGAAAUCCUCCACCUGAUCCAGCAGAGAGAGCUGCGGUCAGCAGACCAGCACAUUAUAGAACUGGAGGCAGAAUGUGACGGAGGGGGAAGUCCGGAUGGGGUCCUCAAGAGUCCGGGUCGACAAGCUAAGGAUGUAACACUACUUUACGAGGCCCUUAUGAAAGAGAUGUGGGCCGUGGUGGACGAGUCACUUAACAACAAGGGUAAACACCUGAAACUGGACGAAGUCAUUGGGGUUAUCCAGCAAGAGGAGGCCCGUGAAGGACCCCCAGGGAGCAAAGACGUGAGAAGACAUUGGGUGGAAGCAGUUGGGAGGAGUGUGGAUCAACGACUAAAAAACAAUUUAGAGGGCAAAAUGGGCUCGCUACCGUCACAAGCAGAGAGGGUGAAGAGGACUGCAGUGGAAGAUCUGACAUCAGUGAAGAACCAUCUGGUCUGCUCUUACCCAAAGGACUUUGAGGUUUUCCGGAUCUACCUUUCGGCGUAUCAUCGAGGUAUUGCUGAGUGGCUCACCACAGCGGCCAAGCGAAAUCUGGAAACCAACGAGAUUUACUUCCUUCUGGACUGGAACAGUAAUGUCUACUGCAGGGAUGUCCUCUCUCGACCUGAGAUUUCCCUCCUUAUUAACCCUUCGGAGCUGGGUCCCCUCCUGUCCCCGGAAAUACAGAGGAUGCUGGAAGAGCAGUGCGUGAAUGCGGUGCAGCUCCGUGUGUGCCAAAGGCUGGAAGAAGAGCUGAAAGGAGAGCAAGAGCGAUGGAAACUAGAAGCGAAAAACGAGGAGAUGCUUUCAAAUUUUAGUGGCCGGGUCAUCCAGAUAAUGAAGCCCCACGUGGACCGGGCACCUGGCAUUAGCGAAGGCUUUGGAGUCAUGAUGUCCCGAUCUUGCCUAAGCUGCUUCUCAGAGUUCCUGCACAGCUUCCAAAAAACUGUAGAAAAAUACCACGCCGAGAGAGACGAGGUGACCGAGACCUCCGAAUCCUACAUCUGUAGAGUCAUCAGUGUUGUCAACUGCUGCCCUCCAUUUAGGGAAUUUGCCGCUCGCAUGGCACAGUUAGAUGCAGAACUUGGGCGCGAGCCUCUGCGACAGGCAGAAUCCUCUCUGGACCGCAUCACCGGCCUCUGCACGCGUGGGAUCUGCGACCUGGUGCUGCGCGACUUGAAGCCCUGCUCCCGGAAGCUCCUGGGCCGUCGGUGGCUGAGCAGUUCGGAAGCAUGUGACGGCAUGGUGUCAACUUUAGCAGAACGAGCUCCUUCUCUACGCAAAAUGAGCCAGGGGCCCUACCAGGUAGCGGUCUCUGAACUCCAUCGAAAGGUGCUGCUUGAGCUCGUUCGUCCGCUUGUUCAAGGAAAGAUGGCCUGCACCACCUCGAAGACCAGGAAAAAAGUGGCAGCAAAACUAAAAGAAGAAGCUAGACAGCUGGGGCAGAUCUUCAGCAGGCUGGAAUCUCCUCAACCUUCUUUGGAUACAGUAAUCCCACGCCUUGCAGAGAUUCUCGUCCUGGACGACAUUGCAGCCAUUCAGAUGGAGGUUGGGAUGUUAGCCGCAGACUUCCCCGACUUCAGAAAGCGCCACCUGUCGGCCCUUUUGGAUGUUCGAGGCCUCUGGGAUCCAGGUCCCAGGCAUGAGAUUCUAGGCGUUCUCCAAGACCUAGAAGGUACAGAUGUUCUAGUGCCUUCACGAGGUUCUCCAGGAUUCUUUGCAGAUAUUCUUAUCACACGUGACACGCGCUGCAUCAAUGUUAGCCUCUCCAGAGCCUCGCAACUGGGCAGAAGAGCCUUGAGUCACCUCGGUCGGCGACAAAGGAGCACUCAGAACCGAGGUUUAGGACAAGGGGAAGAAGACACGCAGCUCUAAUUCAAACAGUUCAAAAGGUGGUUCCAAACAAAUGCUGUUUUACAAAAUCAGGUCAACUCUUGACCUUUGUUUCUUCUUGAAAUUCCACUAACUUUCAGGACCAUUUUGCCAAUAUUCCGGGCCAUCAAUGGACAAUGGAUGUUUUGGAAAAGCAUGGCUCAAAACAGAGCAGAGCUCUUACUGGCCCUGCAUAUAAUGUUUAUAAACUAUUGACACACUCAGGGACAUCUUUGGAAAGGGCUGUUCUCUUUAUAGGUGUCACACUGUAUCUCACUUUCUUUGUGUAUAUGAAACGGUGUAUAUUGAAGGUCAAAUUAUAAUAAAUAUUAAUUUAACAUCAA